UCUAGUUUUGUAGGAGCGGCUAUUUGCUUUCGACCACACCAUUCUCUCCUCGGGUGGAGAUUAAGCAUUCUUUUAGCCAGUAUUGGCAGUGUAUAGACCGGAUAUUCCUGACCGAACGUUGAAAGCAAAGAGUUUCCGCAACUGGGUCACAUUCCCUAUUAUUUCUCGUUCGAGAGUCUUAGAUAUACCUGUAGGUUAUUAGCUAUCUGACUAUGGUAGAUUAUCACGCUUCUAAUAAUCAAGCAUCGUCUGGAGGACCAGCCGUUUACAUGGACCCAAGAGAACAAGAAAAUGAUUGGGACCGGGACCUGCUGCUGGACCCGGCCUGGGAAAAACAGCAAAGAAAGACGUUCACGGCCUGGUGCAACUCCCACCUGAGGAAAGCAGGCACGCAGAUCGAGAACAUCGAGGAGGACUUCAGGGAUGGCCUCAAACUCAUGCUCCUGCUGGAGGUCAUCUCGGGCGAACGGUUACCUAAGCCCGAGAGAGGCAAGAUGAGGGUCCACAAGAUCAACAACGUUAACAAAGCGCUGGACUACAUUGCCAGCAAGGGGGUCAAGCUGGUGUCCAUCGGCGCAGAGGAAAUUGUGGAUGGCAACGCCAAGAUGACCCUGGGUAUGAUCUGGACGAUCAUCCUCCGCUUCGCCAUCCAGGACAUCUCUGUGGAAGAGACCUCUGCCAAGGAGGGCCUGCUCCUGUGGUGCCAGAGGAAGACUGCGCCCUACAAAAACGUCAACGUGCAGAACUUCCACAUCAGGUAGCCUACGUGUUCACACGCACAGCCUCGACAGCAGCUAGAUGUCAUGCCUGACAACAGAACCUGAGACCGGAACAGACUAUAGUAUUUCUCCACAGACAUUUUUUGACCUCUGAAAAAUUCCAUAGUAGUGAAGCCUGUUCAAACACUGCAUCACUCACACACUCCAGCAAACUCCACCAGCUCUUCUAGAAAGACUGCCCCCUGCUGGUGAAACGUAGGAUAGACAGAAGUAGGUGCGUAACCUAUGGAUA